AUGGAGAAGACCUUUAGCGAGUGGAAGAAACGGUGUCUGAACAAAGCCGAUCUUAGUAAAAAAGCCAAUGUGGAUGAAGAUAUCGUGGAUUUAGUGUCUAUGCUCAAUAGCUGUGAGGAGUAUUUCACAACCAGCUCGUGCUCCGGAAGAAUUACAGUCAUGGAGACGGCUUCCGAAAGCUGUGUUGUGCAGAAGAAAAAUCUGACCUGGCUGUUUGUCUCGCAUCAGAAAUGCAAAUUUGAUGACGUGAUGACUGCUCUGGCCAACUCUUGCGGGAAUGCCGUGCUUAAAUUUGAACCCUUUGUGCUCCAUGUUCAGUGCAGGACACUAGAGAACGCACAGUUAUUGCUAUCAGGAGCUGUCCAAUCCGGCUUCAGGAACUCUGGUAUCACGUUGGGCAAGACUGGAAAGAUCAUGAUGGCAGUCCGCUGUACCCACGGUCUGGAAGUUCCGUUGAGUAAACAAGGCAGUCUUUUGGUUUCACAAGAGUACAUCCAAUUUUUAAUUGAAAUAGCUAAUCAAAAGUUGGAGGAAAAUCAAAGACGAAUUGAAAGAUUUCACCAGCGUAUCCAGACAACUGUGAUGACAAACAAACAUCAGAAACCACCGGACAAAGAAGAGAAGCUUGUGACCAAGGACAAUAUAUCAAUUAAACAAAGUCGUCAAACUGAUGAUUGCCAUAGCGACGAAAGUAUCAUAGAGAGUGAUGAAGAUCUGCAUUUAGUUAAAUGGUUCAACGGUGCUCUUUAA